UUUGGAUCGAAGGUCAACUCAAGGCUAUAAAUUGUACCGUUUUGAACUUUCAUUUCCUGACGCGUUUGGGAUAUCUGUUCCAACCUACGUUCCCAGAAAGCGAGACUAGGAGGGUUAUUUUAACACUGCAAUGAAAUUGGCUUUUGUAACAGGAUCUAACAAGGGUAUUGGAUACAGCAUUGUUGAACAACUCGCAAAAUUUUACAAAGAUUCAGGAGAGUGGGACGUUUAUUUGACAGCACGAAACGUCGAACUUGGUCUGGAGGCUGUGAAAAAGCUUAGUGGCAAGGGCCUAGAUGUCAAAUUUCACCAGUUAGAUAUAACAGAACCGGAAAGUCGUAAAAGUUUCCUUGAGUUCGUACGGAAGAAUUAUCCUGAUGGCAUAAACAUUGCGGUGAAUAAUGCGGGUAUCGCGUACAAGCAAAACUCAACGGCUCCAUUCGGUGAACAGGCGCGGGUUACAAUAAAUACUAACUUCACAUGCACUGUUAACUUUAUUGAAGAGACUAUUCCUUUAUUGGCUGAAAAUGCCAGAGUUGUCAACGUAUCUAGUUCUGUUUCAUUGUUCAGUCUUAAGAAACUGAGCGAUGAAUUGUACCACAAAUUUGUUGGCCCAAUGAGUAUUUCAGAGCUGAAAGGACUUAUGAACGAAUUCGUAAAGUGUGCUGACGACGGAACUCACGCUGCGAAAGGUUGGCCUUCGACUGCUUAUGGAGUAUCCAAAUUGGGCCUUACGAAAGCUUCUUUCAUUUUCGGAGAGAUGUUGAAAGAUGAUCCCAGAAAAAUUGUGAUGAAUUCAUGCUGCCCUGGUUAUGUUGAUACCGAUAUGACUAGUCACAAAGGAGUGAAAACAACUGAUGAGGGGGCUGAUACGCCGUUUUACUUGUCCACACUACCGAUUGGAGUUAAAGAACCGAUUAACCAAUUUGUCUACGAAAGGAAAGUGGUCAAUUGGUGCAAGUGAUGUGCUGAGGAGCCUUUCUACUAAUGUUUAUCUGACUGUGGAUUAUUGAUGAAGUUGUGCUAUUUGUGUCAGUUGUAUGAUUGUUAUUUCACUCUUCUCUGUGUAGAAUGCAAAACCUUGUACUGAAUUGACGCCUCAAGUUGAAUAGUGUUAAAACUGUUUGAUAAAUAACGUUUUUAUUCAUAAAAUGUUGUGUUCUUUUGAGUGUUACAGCCGCAUUAUUUUGUCUAGUUGACGGGUUUCGUAUAAAGAUUUCAUAUUUUCAUAGGGAAGUAAAAAGUUGUUCGAUGGUGAUAUGUGUGACAAAUGACUGAUGAAAACAUUGACUAAUCAAAGUACUAAAUGUACAACUAUGUGUAAAAGUCACUACCAAACAGUCAGAUUUCAGAUUGUCAUGAAAUGGCAACAAAUAUGUUUAAAAAUGUCUAUUCCUAUAUGCGAGAUGACUGUCUUCAAGGGGCGGGUGAUAAUCAGUAUGAGUUCGAUGUAUUUUAUAUAGCUGAAAAUAAAUAUUACUUUGAGGAUAAAUUUCCAUCUGAGU